AUGUUGAGCUCCGCAAAGAAUUAUGAGGUUGUCUCGAAAAUAAUGGAGGAAAACGCCAGUGAAUCAGAGGAAAGAAAAGAUCCUCCAAAUGAUCUUCACUGCCAUGAAUCGUUACUAACAAACUCAAAUUUAUCAGAUGAUGUGGAAACUCCAGACGCCCAAGUUGUGAGCUCUGAUGUUUCAAAAACUGCUUCGAGUUUCUCCGAUAAGCCAAUACCAGAGGACUUUGUUAAAACACGGGACAUUAAUUCUGGAGAAGAGGAAUUUAACGGAAAUCAUACGAUGAUUGGGACACAUGAGAAAACUAAUGAGAACUUAACCAGUGUUUCCGGGUUACCCCCGGAAUUUUCGAAACCAUCCAGCGUUUCUAAUGAAUUUCCCCCAGCAAAAAAGAUACACAGUUCGUCAGCCAGUGGUUCUUCUGAAAAUCUCCUUGGUUCAAAUCAUCGCAGGGAUCCUUCUCUCGAGUCUGACAGCGAUGAGGUGUUUCCACUUGUUGCUCGCAAAGCUAACUCGUCGGACGAUUUGCUUGAUAAAAACUUUGUUAAAUGGGCAAGUGGUGGUGAAAAUUCACUUAAAAGCAAACGCGACAAGGAAGGCGGACAAUCGUCUGACUCGCCUAUUAGUGACGUUGAAUUUAGUGCGUGCUCUUCUGUUACUAGUUGUACUGAAGACAGUGGAAUUAGCUCCACUGUCAGAGAUGAUGAGUUGGAAGAAAUACCACUCAAUAACUCACGAUUUAGCCCUGAAUUGUACGAAGAAAUGUCUAGACUUUCUUUGGAUGAAUCAGUUGCUGCAUGGAUUCCUAAAUCCUCAAACACUUAUGCACCCAGCCCUAAUGCAAAAGCUGGAACUGACAUAGAUGGCAGUAGUUCACAGAAGCAAAGUAAACUGAAGUAAGUAUACGCUUUAUUAUUUCUUUCCCUCUUUCUUUCUUUUUUAGGGUACACACAUACCGUAAAAUUAUUUCAGAAAGGAAUUUAAGCUUGUACAAUGAAACUGAAAGGGAAAAAAUUUUGUCACUCUUUCCCCUCCAUCACAACAAGAGCUGUCACUGAGAUUUCAAGUUGCUGGGUGCAUGUAUAUGCAAUUACAGCAUAGCAGAAUUGUGAAUCUGUUUAUAAACUGCUGGGAAGUUCUUUUGGUUCUAUUUUCCUUUGUAUAUAUCUCUCAUGAAAGAAGGAGGGAUUCACGCUCAUAGUACAUGUAGAGGAAAUCCCAGGCUCCAGUCCUUGGUGGCAUCCCUGACACUACCUACCUAGUCCAGAAAAAUGGCAUUGGGAAAUUCAGUUUUGCAGAUUCAAUAAUUGAUUAUCUUAAUUAUUAAGGCAUCCAAAAAUAAAGAAAUCCUCAAUCAUCUGCCUGUAACUUUAACCAUGUAGAACCUAGAACCCCUCUUGGGUAACACAUCAAGGGGGGAUUGGGGGUGGGGGGCAAGCUUAUUUUUGUGAUGCCGUGAUCAACUAUUUUUGGUGGCUAUGAAUAAUUAUCAUGGCCAACACAAUUAUUGUGAUGUACCGAAAAACUGUUGGGUGAAUCAUGAUUGAAGUGGUCUCCUUGAAACCUGAACUGCCAAAAUCUUCGAUUGUGUACACGUGCAUUGAAGGUCAAUUGAACAAAUUCAAUCUUUAAUUAGGCCAGAUGACCUUGACUAGUACAAAUGUAUCUGGUGGCUUGAUUGAACUUCACUUUUGAGUCUUUUGAUGUAACUUCACACUUCAGUGCACUCAGACUCACCUACAGCUGGCUUCCCUUGGGAAUUUAUUGGUUCUUAAAACUCUAGAAAUAUAAUCAAAGCACUCUGUUUUACAAAAUGGGACUAACAUAAUGUUUUAGACAUUUGGUACGACCUCUAUUUUUGAGAAAUGUGAAAACGUAAAUGUUUGUUUCAUGACUCAUGAGACACAAAAUUGUUGUUUGUGAACUUGUGAUGAGACUUCAACCCUCCCACCCCCCUUAAUCCCCCUUAUCAAAGAACUGCUGAAAAAAGAACUUCAUUUGAAUGGUCACAGCAUAGGAUUUUUUCCUAAUUACAUAUACAUGUAGGAAGAACUACGUUGCAUGUACAAGUCCUUAUAUCUGAUGUUAGGAGACUGUGAAAAGGCGUUUAACAGUGCACCUUAUCCUCAUUUCACUUACAGUGUAUGUUACUUUAAUAAUGAUUUUGUGCUUCCAUGGUUGUGUCGUAGAGGCCUGUUUUCAAGAUCAUCUCAAAAGGAGCCUGUUCAGGGCUGGAAGUUAUUUGGCAAGGUUCCAGCGAAAGACGUCAGGGAUAACAGUAGUGAACCUCACUAUCAGGCAUCCUCUUUUGAUAGAGGUAACCCUAGAUGGUUAAAACUGUCCAUCAAUUUAUGUAUCUUUACAGUUUUAUGAUGCACUUAAUUAAUUUACUUGUGGUACAUGUAUGUACUUGUAAGAAUGCUUAAAAAAAUUUAUUUUGUCUUCUGGAAAAGCUCACUACAAUCUUUAGGCCGUACGUGUACAUUUAGUUUUCGCUGGUGAUCGAGUUGGAUAAUGUUAUUCUUUAGUGAGAAUAGUAUUCUGGUUGGUUGGUUGUAAUCACUGGACUGGAGUCACAAACAAAAGCACUCAAAACAUUUGGAAAUGAGCACUAUGAUAUGUUUUAUUCUCCUUCUCCUCCCUUAGCCUGAUAUUGUGCUUCCCUAGCUCCCUCUGUGUUUUAAUCUCAUGGCAGGAAGAGGACAUGAUACAUUAUUUUAUUUGUCAGAUCACACAUAAAAAAGGAUCUGUUCCUUUUGACGGCUCAAGAUAAAAGUGUAUCAAGCGUUCAUUUUCCCUCUCUUCUUGAAAAAAAAAAAAAUAGAAUGCCUAAUCACAGGUUACAUGUACAUCUGCCUCUGAUUAUGAAAAUCUUACCCCUACUUGCGAAUCCAAUUGCAACUUUUUCUCCACGUCAUAAGUGUUGUUAUGACUCCAAUUACUGGUCUCUGACUCUGAUUCCAUUGUUAGCAUCUUAGACAUAACUUAAGGCCCAUUCCAGAAUUGUGAUUCUAGGUUAGUACAAAAAAUGCUUUGUACUUUGUAGAGAUUGAAGUAAAUGAAAAUCAACCCCUUGUUUAGGCUUUUAAUAACUGGGUUUGUGGUUGAGUUUGAUGAUGAUAUUUAUUUAUAAAGAUUGCUUUUAUUGUUUUUUGUAGGAGACGUGAAGCGCAAGUCUUUUGGUGACAAACCAUCUGUAACUGCUCCAAAUUUCAAACCCAAGUUCCCUUCUUUGAGAAAGAAACCUACUACUGGAAGCUCCACUACAGCCCUUAUCUUCGAAAAUAGGCCAAGGUAUGAAGCAAACAUGAGAAAAAGUGAAUAUGUAUCCUUAAAUUUCAGGCUGCUUACAUGAACUUGUAAUUCUGACUAACAGUAGAUUGGAGAAUUGUCAAUGUCAUUCUUUUAAACCCAAGUCUCAUGUGUAGCUGAGAAGUUAGAACACUGGGGUUGAAAACCAGAGGUCCUGAGUUCAAGUCUCUAGCCAGCUGGUCUCCCACUCUUAGUUGGGAUUCAUAGCCCUGUAAGGGAGACAAUAAUUUUUUAAAUAAAAAAAUUAUUUACUUUUAUGUUGGUCUGACAAGAACUUUCCCAAGCUAAUGAGGAUCACCACAGUGAUACAAUGUAAUGUAGAAAUCUCUUUCUAUCAUCACUCAGUUUAUGUUUAUACUAUAAUUAUUAUUAAAAACUGAAUCAUUGGAUAAUGCAAUUCUAGAGCUCUGAUUGGCUUAGCCAUCAUGGUAUAUGAGCCAUUAUACCAUGCUCUUUAAAUAUGGUAACUGUAUGCUUCUGCUCAACAUAAAAAACAAGUUGAAAAUCAGUUGUUUUCACAAAAAAAGUCAGGAGAAUUCUCAAUAUUUUGUGAGAUUUUUAAUAAAACAAUUACUCCACAUGUGCUUGUUGGAUAUGAGAUGAUUACAGCCAACAGGGUCUUAUUGGCUAUCUGCCAUCUCAUAUCAACCGCGUACUCAUGGAAUAAUAUUGUUAUACAUACACAAUACAUAUAUUGUAUUACAUCAAGUGAGCUCAGUUGUACAGCUGUAACAGUUGUUAUGGGUUACAGUCCUUAAUGACAGAGCCUCCGGGCCACUUUAGAAGUGCUAACUAUUGCUUCCUUGUCAAAAAUUAUUUUAAGUAAAAUGUCCUCUUGGGUUAAAAUAGUUGUUUUUGCUGAUUAUUUCUGUUAUACCCAAUUGCAGCAACCUCCCAGCUAAAUCAGCAUCUGAGGAGAAAAAGCACAGAAAACAAUAUGAGGCAAUGGUGGCUGAGGCAAAGAAAAAGGGUGAAUAUAAAACUACAGUCAGCUCUCUCUAAGACAGACACCUUUGGAGCCAGUAUAGUGUACCAAGUGUUCGUCUUAGAGGGGUGUCUGUCUUGUAGAGAGACAAAUAAAGAUAAAAACAUAAUUAUUUUUACAAUUUUUAUGUAAAGAAAGGCAGAGCCUGACUUUAGGUGUCUGUCUUAGCAAGGUGUUUGUCAUAUAGAAGUGUCCAUUCCUUAUGUAGUUGUAGGAAAAAAUGCAAACAAAUCAUUACAGUUUUAGAUUAUGUGAUCAACAUUGUUUUGGAAUAAAGAAUAAUUGAACUCGAGGAUAUUGUUCUUUUGGCAAUGCUCAAAGCUCAAUGUUCCAGAAAUUAUUGUGUAGGUGUUUUGAAGUGAAAUCUUGUUGUGAAAAUUAGUCUUUUUUCUUGGUUUCAUGUACUCAAUAGCUUUUCUUUUUUGUUAUUUCUUUGCUGUCAUAGAAUUAAGAGACAUGAAGCGUCAGGAACAGAAAUUUAGAGAAAAGUGUAAACAGGAGGAUGGAAUUGUGUCUGCAGUCUCUUUAUGGGCAAAUGAGAUUUUGCCCAACUUUGACACUAUGUAAGUUCUCUUUCAUUCUUUUGUUUACAAGCUGUUUACUGUUUUUUCUUUUUUACUAUCGUGUGUUUCAAUUCAAAGAAGUUGCUAAGGUAUUUCUCAGAAAUCUUAGAUACACUAGUUUUAAAUGAGUGUAGACUGAAUUGUCAGAGAGGUGAAUUUGUAGUCCUCCAAGUUUAAUAAAGACCUGAAAUAAUAUUGUUGAUCAUCCAAGUGUUUUUGCAGAGAACAACAGAGAAACUUUACAAAAAUGUACACAUGUGCACAUGCAGAGGGAAUUUUGAUCAGUUACUGCUCUAAAACAGAAAAGAAAUAAUUUGUGUUUGGCAACAGUGCAUUGCAGAGUAAUGAGUAGUUGUGAUUUUUUUCCCCUACCCUCUUUCAUUUAUAGGCGGCACUCAAAGAAGGCAAGAGAGCUUUGGUGGCAAGGUCUUCCUCCAAGUGUACGUGGAAAGGUCUGGAAACUUGCUAUCGGAAAUGACCUGCACAUUACUCAGGGUAUGUUACCAUUGUAUUAAAAAUUAGCCUAAAUCAAUUUCAGGUUGUUCUAAAGCAGUAAUUUCUUUAAUAACAUCCUUUACAAUGCACUCAAAAGAUGAUAGUUGUGUAUUGUACUUGUAUGUAUUGUUGUUUCAAGUGUUGAAGUUAUUUCAAUUCUUGUAGUGAAAUAAACUGAGACUUUUGACUACUAAUUGAGGUUUUCACUUCUCCUGUCGCAGAAUUAUUUGACAUCUUUCAAUCUCAUGCAUAUGAGAAGCUAUUCACAACAAGGCUAAACAAGAAGAAAAACCAGACUCAGACUGUCGCAGAGCUGCCAGCCAGUGAUCACCCUGUUGUCAGCAAAGCUCACACAGUUGAGCUUAUCAUGAUGGAUGUGUCACGAACGUUCCCUUCACUUUGUAUUUUCCAGGAGGUAAAUUUUCUGCUCAGUUUCUUCUCAUCUUAAGUCUCCUCAGCUUAAAACAAUAAAAACUAUCAGUGAUAAUACCACACUAUUUAUGACUUUAUCUAUAGUUGCAACACUAUAGUCAGCCAUUUCAAGCACUCCUUGAAAAUGUUAGCUGUUUCUCUUCAAGACCUUUACGGUAUAUCUCUGUCACAUUAAACCGUGGCAAAGGAAUCAUAGUAUUAUGCAUGAGGAGGCAAUGCCGACUACGAAGUAGUGUAGCUUUAAAAAGCAAACGUCCCAUUUACUGAGAACUUUUGUCUUAGCUUUACUACACUAAUAAUUAGAAUAAAAGGAACGAAAAUGAAUGCCAGCGUAGUUAUAGUGUUAAGCCUGCACAGUUUGCAAUAAAAAUAUUUUUAAAAAGGUACUAUGUGCACAGUGGCUACACAAAAGAUAUAAUGUCUAACUUUUACAUGUGUAAUUUGAUAUUUUCCAUUUGAUCUGCUAGUCUCAGGUUGUCACUGGUGUUUAUAAAUAUGAACAACAUGUAUGAAUAGUGACAACGUGACAUAAGAUUGUUAUUUUGUAUUAGGGUGGUCCAUUCCAUGAUGUUCUUCACAGCAUUUUGGGAGCUUACACCUGCUAUCGACCUGAUGUUGGCUAUGUAAGUUGUUCUGUGUUAUAGGUUAAUUUUAGAAUCCUUAACUCGAUCUCUCCACUAGCUCAAAGUUAUUUAGCUUGUUCCAGGUGUUUAGAUAUUGAUUGUGGGCCGGGCACAAAAAGAUGUGAGCGGGAAGAACAGAGAUGGGGUCCUUCUCCCUUUCCGAUCUCCCUCCUUAUUUUUUCUCUGCUCUCUGACUAGGUUAGAAGUUAUUUCGCUUUUCCUGUGACUUAAUUUUCAGUAAGUUUACCUUGCUGACUCAAAUUCUGGCUAAGUCAAACUACUUUAUAGAGAACUGUUUGUACAGUUUAAUACCUAAUUCAGUGUUAUGCUUGUAAAGAGGCAAUUGACUGCUCAAAAUCAUUAUUUAGUCCUAACUAUUCUUUCCUUAUUCUCUUUUUUAGGUUCAAGGCAUGUCAUUUCUUGCAGCAGUGUUGUUGUUGAAUAUGGAUCCAUCUGAUGCAUUUAUUUGUUUUGCAAAUCUUCUCAACAAACCUUGCCAGUUAGCUUUCUUCAGAGUUGAUCAUCCCAUGGUAAUGUCAUAGUUAAAUUGAGUGUGUUGUUAUUUUAACUUCAAUGUGUCUGGCGGGACUUUAAGGUGUCCUUCAAUAAACUCUCUCUCUCUCUCUCUCUCUCUCUCUCUCUGUCUCUCAAUCUGCCUGCUCUUUUAUCCGUUGAUUGCCAUGAAAAUUUGCUCGCAGCCUGCUUGGUGGCAACUGACACUAACCCUUCAUUUUGUUUCCCCAUUAGCAACUUAAUUUUUUUGCCUUGUUGUUCUGUAGAUGAUUGCAUACUUCGCUGCCUUUGAAAUCUUCCUCGAAGAGUUUGUCCCCAGACUUCACACGCAUUUUAUAGAAGAGAACUUCACCCCUGAUAUGUAUCUCAUUGAUUGGUAAGGCUUGAUGAGCUCAAAUAAAUAAGACACUGCAUGCUAUUACCACCAAGGUCAGGGUGUAAACCCUCUCAUACCUGAAUUUUUCAUGUAGUUUUCAGCUAUUUAGGCUGAUCUUAAAAUUCUGUAGAUCACGUCUACUUUCUUUUAGCAAAUAAUACAAUAGUAGUCACUACUUGCUCAAAGGGGCUUCAUUUAUCCUUUAUUAUUACUAUAAUAACAGAUUACUUAAUUAUGACCCCUUUUUUAGAAUUGGAGGUACAUUUACCUGUGCAUCUAAAGGGUCAAAUUGUUACAUUGGCGUCCGUAGACUCAAAAGUCAGUCUAAGUUCAAGUCCUGCCAUUACUCUCCAGUUUUCCCCAGUUCAACCGCUUUAUCACGUUCGUAAAUAGCUAGCUGGUCCUUCUUACUACAUGUACGUUCAUUUUAGAUUAAAAUUUGAAUUUAUUAUUUGUUCUAAGAAGUUGGUCUGAAUAUUUCAAUUUUAUGUUUUACAUAUAUUUGUAUAAAUCAAUCUUUAUAUCUUCAUGUGUGUUAAUUUGCAGGACAUUCACGUUGUUUAGCAAGUCAUUACCCCUGGAUGCUGCCUCUCGAGUAUGGGAUGUGUUUUGUAGAGAUGGUGAAGCAUUUCUAUUCCGGGCUGCACUUGGUGAGUACCCUGCACUCUUAAGCACUACUAAUAGUGGCCAAAAACAAAUUUAAAAUUUUAAUUCCUUGUUGUUGAAUCAUAAAAAAUGAAUAGUCCAGUUUCGAGUUCGCUGUGACUGCUUAAUUAAAGAAGUGAAGAUGCGUUUUUUACAGGCUUAGCCUGAUCCAUCUGAAGUAAUAUAUUAACAAAUUCCAGCAAGAAAAACACCUCUUUAUUACCCUGUCUACUGUGUGUAUUCAAAUUUCAAACACUUACUUCCCGGAAUUUCUGAAUAUUUUACUUUAUGUCGAAGCAAGCCCUGUAUGAUUGUGUCGUUAAUGUUUGUAUUCAGCGGUAAUUUUUAAUUCGAAACUGGACUAUUGCACUGUGCAGAAGUUCUGCCAAACAGGUUUCAUUUGAUUGGUGGCAGUACAGAAUUUUCUCCACUGAUUAGAAAGUAAGAGUAAAAAAUAAUUUUGCCAUAUUAAUAAGAAUUAAUAUAAUAUGUAAUUUAAUAUCUAUUUAUUUAUUCUAUUUUAUUUAUCUAUUGAUUGAUUGAUUGAUUGAUUUGAGCACUGCUACUCUCCACUGUAUGUUAAGGUCUUUACACGUAGUUUUUACUACUUUUUAAACUUCUUUCAACUGAUUGGGUUUUUUUCUUUAGGGAUAUUAAAAUUCUACCUAGAGGACUUGUUGGGUAUGGAUUUCAUUCAUCUUGGCCAGUUUCUUUCUAAGCUACCAGAUGACAUCCCAGUUGCAUCUCUUUUCCAAACAAUCGCGUCAGUUAGUCUCACGGAACAAAAAUUCACGCAGACACUGGCAACACAGAAGGAAGUGGCAGCCCAGAUCAAAAACGUUACUUCUACCACGAAAUAAAGGAGAUUAUUCAAGAAGCUUCACCAUAAUUCAACAUAAUACAUGUAUGAUAAUAAUUAAUGUCUUUCUGGGAGCUGGACUCAUGUCCUUGACGUACGUUCGGGCCAAGUGUAGUGGUAAUUAACCAGAAAUAUAUCCUUUCGAAACUCCAAGUUAGUCCAUGUGCCCUUGUUGUUUCACGAAGGAUUUGUUUUAAAGACAGGACGUUUUCGAUGGCUUUCCUUGAGUUUGUUCUUACAAAAGUAGGCUGAGUUUGAUCGUCCGGGUGAACAUAGUCCUGAAUAGGACUGUUGUUGUUGACGGUGACUGAGGUUUCGACAACCUGUGCUGUAGUCAUCUUCAGAGUCAAAGUGAGUUGUAUCACGUCAGUUGAUGGUAUUAAAGGUUAUUGACCUGACUGGUCAAUUACGUCGCGAUGUUAUUGGUCGUCUGUCAGUUAAGCGGUGAUGUUAUUGGCUAUUAAGACUCGUAGUCAGUAAUUGGUGCGCACCAAUUACUGUCGAAACGUCAGUCACUGUCAACAACAACAGUCCUAUUCAGGACUAUGUUCACCCGGACGAUCAAACUCAACCUACUUUUGAAAUGACUCCUGGGUUCAAACCUUUCACAGUUUGUUCUUAGUGAGCUCAAACAAUAACCAGCGAUCAGGCUUUUUUUUCACCUUCUCCCCUCGUCUCCCAAAGAAAAAAGAAAGAAAGCCCACCAGAUCGCAGCUUACUCAAGCAAAGAGCCACGCACGUCAUCGGGAAGAAGACUGUUUUUAUUCUUGGGCAGUAGUUUUGUCCAUAUUUUUGGUCAAAUCGUCGUUAUGAGUCUAAAGGCUUAAGACUUAAACUGAGAAGGCUUGUUCACAUCAUCGUGAGCUCAGAAGAAACAAAGAUGACUCUCGCCUGAAAUCAAUCUGUUAUUUGAAAACUUUCCCAGUUUUGCACAUCCAUCAUUAUUUGCUUUUGACUUUCCUGAACAUCGUUUUUUUCCUUCUCCAGUUUUGAGUGUUCGUGUUAAUAUUUUGGUCAAUUCUCUGACAGUCGGCAAUCCACGGGCCACACAGAACCAAGACACAAACGACCUGCAAUAUCCUAGUUUUCUAGAAUCAAAUCAUAGUCGUUCAUUCCCAAUCGUUCCAAUCAUAAUCGUUCCCAAUAGACAGAAAAAUCUAUUUUGGUAAUUCAGUGUAGAUGUUGAAAAAUAUUAAAUGAAAUAAAUAUGAUUGCUACAUAGGAAUAUUAUAAGUACUUCAAACUAUUUUUUAUUUAUAUUACCAACACUAACAGCACAUUGCGCCGAUUUUUGGAGUUGAGUGAAAUGAUCACAAAUGCCACCAGCCACAGGGCCUGGUUCCUAAAAGGCCGAUUACCGCGAAUGUGAAAGUGAAAUUUUGAUCCCUGAUUGUAUUUACCCUUCCAUAUAUUUUUAGAGUAUUAUUCUUAUAACUGAUCUCGGAUUAAAGGGUGAACGAUAUUUCAUUAGAUCGAGUUACAAGCAUAUUUC